CUCCCCCGCCCCUGCACCGCCCCGUCUGUAUGCUCUGACGUGCCCCAACCUCGUGCUCAUGCUGUCUGUUGCCACCAUCUGUUUCAGCCAUGCCCAUAUUUCAUGAUCCUCAUGAUGGCCCGCCCGCUCCCUCAGUCUCACCCCACCCGCUGGCUGCCAGCCUUCAAAGAGCAGGAAGCACGGAAUCUGGCGACGAGAGGGGGUGGAGCAGCAAUCUGCGCGCAAAAGGACCGACGCCUCCCGGAUCGUCGCUCAGCCCCGACCCUGAGCCUCCCAGCCAAGAGGGCAAGGCAUCGGGCUAUGGCAGGAAGGAGUGGAUGGAAAGAAUCAAAAAGACAAACAGCCCUGCAUGGCUGCAGUGGCAAGGUAGUGACGUAACAAACGAACUCGAGUCUCCCAUCCGACCGACUUCGCGUGACCGCUCAAAAACGCCUCUUACUCCUGCUGCCGAACUGCAACCCUCACGCACUUCUACCCCUGAACACCCGCGAGACCCUGCGCUGGCAGGCCUGGAGAUCGAGCGCCCCCGCUCAGCAUUGCACUCGGGAGAUUUUAGAGAGAAGAGGAUAGGAUACGCUUCGAACUGUGAUGUCUCGUCUGCCGACCUCCUGGCGACAUCGCCAGUGGUACCUUGGGACCGCUCUUUUCCAUCGGCUGCCUAUCAUACGCGUCAAUACGGUGGUGAACAUGUCGAACCACACAGCAGCGACAGUCGGACAGGCCUGCGGCCACGGGCGACAUCGCGAUCAUCACUGAGCUCGGUUACGCUUCUGCCUCCAACAAGCCCGCUUGUCCAGCAGGCAAAUAACACGGACUUGGAUUUCUCUUCCCGGCCGAGCUCACGACAGGGCUCCCCAAGUCCCAGCCGAAACAGUCGCCGGCACACGUACUCUCCUGCGUCUUUCCAUGGCUACCAGACUACCCGGACAGCCCAUGCUACAAAUGGAACGCCUGCCGCUCGCCAUCUACGCCACAGUAACUCGAUACCAUACCAGGCGCACCAGCCGCGGCGAUCAAUGCAGUUCAACCAGUCAGAGUCUCAAUCUUUCUCGCACGCACCAUAUCUCAAUCCGCGGCGGCCUUCAUUUUCAUCCGAGGCAUCCCCACUUCAGCAUGCACCCAUGGUAGGUUCAUACGAAGAGUCUAUAUUGCGAGGGCGCAUGUCUACGACUCCUUCGCGGCCCCUUGACUUUGUCGCCAAGAUUGGCGUGCUGGGACGAGGGCAGUGCAAGUCAAGCCUAAAGUGCCCACCUCACGUCACAGUGCCUUUUCCAGCAGUCUUCUACAGCUAUAACACGGGAAACGGCAGGAUUUCAGACAACGAGCCGAGUCCUUAUGUCGGCCUCAUAGAUUUGGAGAAUUCACUGCCAGCCCCUGAUGAAAGUAACGAACCUGGCAAGCGCAAGCGACGACAUGCUGUGCCCGCUCCAGAUCAAGACGACCUAGACUUUCGGAUUCAUCUUGGCGAUGAAGAGAAUGCACAGGACGUCAAAGGAGAGCUUCGGCGGAGAGAAAAGAAAAAGAGACGGUCCACAUCACCAAAAGCACCACCGGGUGGUUGCUAUCGCAUCCCGCCACAGGGCCAGCUUCAGAUUGUCCUGAAGAACCCAAAUAAGACGGCGGUGAAGCUUUUCCUAGUCCCAUACGAUGUUUCGGACAUGGAGCCGGGUCAGAAGACUUUUGUCAGGCAGCGCAGUUACUCGGCUGGGCCUAUCAUCGAUAUGCCCGCUUCUUCUCGCAAAAACCUGGGCACCGAUCGUCCAGAAGCUGCUCUCAGCGGAUCCGAUGACCCGAACGAUCGCCCAAUCCUGCGUUACCUGAUUCAUUUACACAUUUGUUGCCCGUCAAAGGGUCGCUAUUACCUAUACAAAAGCAUACGCGUUGUCUUUGCCAACAGGGUACCGGAUGGCAAGGAGAAGCUUAGGAACGAAAUCCAACAGCCAGACCCAAGAUACAGUACCUACAAACCGACACGAGACUUGCUCGCGUCGCAAAAGACCGCCUCGGCUGGAACUCAACUUUCUGCAGAAGGAUAUCUGCGUCGUCGUAGUGCUGGAUGGCCACGCUCCCAUUGUCAACAAGCAUACGAUCAACUCGACGGCUUGAGGAACCAUGCAGCCAUGCCUCCCAUAGCGGUCAAGUUCACCGGUGGUACGACGAAUUCAUCAGCAUCGAGCAGCUUCAGCUCGCCCAUGCCCGAUUUACAGCCCAUACCUUUUAAUCUUGGCCGCCUGGCUGCGAUUGAGUCACGACCAGUCUCUCGUGACCACAUGGACGUAGACGUAGACCCGAAGAGUCCUUUCAAGACGCCAGUCACAUCCCCAGAGUCUGGUGUAAAUCGCUUGGCCACUCCAGGUGACGGCACCUUUGAAAAACUGAACAAAGGCGAUGUUGGCUAUGGUGGAAACGCAUUUUCCCCUAUGAGUAGUCCAAACAGUCCCCCCAGUGCGGGCUUGUUGUCGCAGAGAUUGCGCGGAUUGGAUGUCGAGCGCAAUGAGGAAGCCUAGUUCUUGAUGCUUUUACUGACAAACAGCCAACCUAUCGGGGUCCAUUUUACUCAGUACCCUUUUAAUGUAAGUCGCAUUGCCUUUGAAGUAACUAAUACCCGUCAAUUGUGUUGUUCAAUUACGCUGGCGUUGGUGAGUGGUUCCCCUGCAUUACAAUAGACUCGGCAUGUUUGUUUUUUUUGGCUAGUGCCUGUACAUACUUGACAUCAA